AUGAAAAUAAAAAUAUCUCCUUCUUUUUCAAAAGCAUUUAUAUCUAUUUGUUCAUUCUUGAUAAUUAUUUAAGGGAUGAUUAGUUUGUACUUAGGAGCUAAUUUUUUGGUGCUGGUUAAUGCAGAUAACUCAUGGUUGUAUGAAUUUUUUGAUGUCACUAGUUUAAAAGUUAAUUUAAUGAUUUAUGGAAUUUUACUAAUAUUGCUUGGAGUUUUUGGGAUGAUUGGAAUAUUUUAAAAGAAAAAUAUUAUGGUGUUUACUUAUAAUAUAGGAACAAUGCUGAUGUUUAUUUAUUCUAUUUCUUUGUUGGUUUCUAUGGUAACAUACAAAUCAAAUUAGCUGCCUUCAUGUUAAAAUAAUUAGUCUAUUUUGAAGUAUGAAACUUAUUCUAAAUUUAUACAGAGCUUUGGACUUUGUACUGAUAAAUGUCCAUGCCUUAUAGAUACUAGUAUAUAAAAACUGUAUAAUCCAAGUAUAAUUCAAAAUUUAAGAAUCAGUAAUGUAGGUAAGUAAUAUGCAGUUGAUUGUGCAUAAAGUGAAUAGGAUAUAAAGAAUAUAAAAUCUUCAUAAGAAUAUAUAGAACUAUAAAGGUUAGAAAAUUUUUUUAAUUGUUAAGGAAUGUGCACACUUUAUGAUAUUGAAGUAUAUUAAUUUACAGGAACUGAUAGAGGAGUACCUUAUAAUUAAACUUGCUACUCUUAACUUGAAACUGAGUUAAAUUUUUUUUACUUAAAAUCCAUUUCUGCGCUCUCUACUUAGUUAUUCUAGCUUAUUGUAUCUCUAGUUUUAGCUUUUUUGCAGUAUAAAUCAUAUCCAUAAUAUCAUAAAGAUAAAAGAAUUGGGUUUUAUGGCAGACUUUCUUAAUUUUGA